GCAUCCAUGUUCCCAGAAGAAGGCUGCCGCAGAUAAUCUCGUGUUUCCCGCCAAGUUCCGGCGGAGGCGUGCACAUUUUUAGGCGCCAAGAUAUACACGCUUGUUACUUUGUCCUCAUAUUAACAACGUGUACAGUAAUUAUCGUUUUACAUUCUAUCCUCAGUACAGUUUUUUCCCUCAAAGAAAACGAGACCAAAUAACGAAAAGGUGGGACGCGGCUGUAUCCAUGUUCUCGCGAUGUGCCGUGAAUGUUUUUUCUAGAACACGUUGAAGUAUACCUGUGAAUUUUAGUGGGUGUAUUUUGAACUUAUGGAUUAUUUUGAAUAACCGGCAAAAUGUUAAGUGUUGCUACAGCAUCGUCAGCCGUACAUUGUUCUGAAGCAGCAAAAUCUUCAUCAAAUCAUUCCGGUUUAGGAAGCAGCACAAGUUCUUGGAAUUCGGAUCAUACAUCUUUGAAACGUAAACAAAUUUGCUCAAGUCCCAUUAGGGAUUUGACGAAUGAUUAUGGUUUUAGUCCAGAAAUCACUUUAACGGUGGUAACAAAUGAUGCAAACAGCUACAACAAACGACAACGCAGAGACAGUGAGAAAAGUAGUAAUUCCAGUGUAACAUUAAGAUACAAAGAUCCGAAAACUAAAGCACCAACUGAAAAAAUGUUGGACAAUGAUGUAAGGCACUCUUUUGAUGCCUCAAAUGAAUCGUCAAGUUGCUUAAAUAAACAAAAAAAUGAAGCAACUGAAUGUUAUCAAAGAUUAAAUAAAAUUGUUAAUAGACCAGAAAUAACUAUUUAUCCAAAACAAGAAAAUGAAAAACAAUUAUCACAAACAGUUGCUUCAACUUCAAAUAAAUCGACCAAUCAUCAAAUAACUGACAAUUCACAAACAGUUUACAAAGUUUCACAAGAAGUCGAUAUUAUUUCAACAAAAUCAAAUCAGAAAAUUAAUCGCAAGUCUGAUUGCAAACAAGUGGAAGCAAUAAUAGAGGCUGCCAAAAAAGAUGUACCUGAUAAUAAUGAUAAUGAUGAUGAUGAUAAUUCUGGAAUUUCCCUACAAGAUUUAAAUAAAUUCGACGCAAAUAAUAAUCCAAAACAAAAUUUAAGAAUGAAAAUAAGUAAUGCUUUAGCUCAUAUUCAAGGGUUGGAAAAACCAUCAACAUCAUCGGGUUUAUCGACUUCAACUCCAAUAAAAUCAGCGCUCGAUGAAAAACAAGUGAUUUUACGAUCCAAUUCAAGAGAGAAAUCAUUCGAUAAUAAUAAUCAAUGGAAUAGCGAAGAUGAUAUUUUUGCCAAUGAUAAUAGUAUGCAAAGUAUUUCAUCUACAAUUCCCUUUCAAGAGCAACUUUACAAUUUUGAUAAUGAUUAUGAAAAUCCAUAUUAUAUAAUGGGUUUUCCCAAUCCUCCAGGAGAAAAUAGAUGCUGGGUCAAUGCCACCAUACACGCACUUUUUGCUCUGCCUUUCACCAACAGUCUCGAUCGCUCAAAUCUGACGGAAUGUACGUCAUUGAUGAAAACUUUGAUUUCAAUACAAGCCCUUUGGAGAAAGGGUGAGAGCGAGAAGCACAGAAUACACAGUAUGCUGAGAAAAUUCAAAGAAGAGUUGAUAGUACUAGACGACUCUUAUCCAUCCGAAAGACAGCAGGAUGUAUCUGAAUUUCUGAUGAAAUUACUAAAUCAUUUUAAAACAUAUUUCGAGAAGGAAGAGUCGGGCGAGACAGAAAUACAAGAAAUUGAAAAUGUACCGGAAAAUCCACAAGAUCAGAGAAAAUCAAAAACAACACCUGAUUCAAGUAAACGUCGACCACUCGUUGAAUUGCGAGUGAACAGCAAUCUUUCUGAACCUGGUGCAAGUCAAAAAUCAAAUAAAGUUGAAAGGCUACCAAAUGGCGUUGAUGAUUCAAAAGAAUGUCAUGAAACUGAAUUAAUUAAGAAUCCUGUCGAUGAUUAUUUUCUACUUCCAAUUGUGGAUCAAUAUAUUUGUAAAGGAUGCGGUGAGAAAAAACAAAAGCGAGUCGAUAAUUUGGUUGUCUUUAUUCAAGUACCACCGGAAAGUAAAGAUGUACCUGUUAAUGUUGAGGAUGCGAUUGCUCGAAAUUUCACAACUGAAGAAAGGAGAGUAACUUGCGACAAUUGUAAUCAUAAAUUUCAAGAUGUGAGAACGGCAUUUAGCAGCUAUCCUAAAGUUCUGACAGUUCAUGUCCAUCGAUAUGGAAUUGGAGAACACGGUACCAGGAAAAUUAGCAACGCACUUAGUAUUCCAGAAGAACUUGUACUUAAACCCUCUCUUAUGAUCGAGGGUUUUGAAGCCGAUGAAAUGUACAAACCUGUUUGUAUAAUUUCCCAUGUCGGUGAAAAUGUAGAUUGUGGACACUACACAAGUUACGUUGAACAUGAGGGACAAUGGUAUUACUAUAACGAUAUGUCAGUUUCACCCAUGACAAGUAGUCAAGUGUUUGCAGCAGCUGAAACAACUGCCUAUCUAAUAUUCUUCGUGAAUGUUAAUCUAUUAGAGAAACAUCAUACUGAACUCUCAAAAACGAAUUUCAAUUAAUGUUACUACAAUUGAUUUACAGAAAUAUUAUUCAACAAGUAUUAAAUCAAACAAUGCAGGUAUUUUGUUUAUUUGUUUUUCUCAUUUUUCAACUUUUCAUUCUAGAGAAUUAAUUACCUGCAAAAUUUUCUAGAAUUUGUAUUAAUAUUUUUUCUUAAUAGAAAAAAGAAAUUAAUACAAAGACUGUUUCUCCAUAUUAAAUUCCACUGCCAAAAAGAAACAGAAAAAAAAAAAAAUUAUGUAUUUUGUUUUUUAGAGACAAUGAUUAAUUUUUCUUUUUGUGACAUAAUUACGACAACUAAAUAAAGUAUUGAGAGUAAACAGUUAAUAAUGCUAAUCUAAUUAACGCAAUGCGACAUUAGAUAUCCGAAAAUUUGUGUAUACUUUAUGUCUAAAUUUGUUUCUUCAUGACUACGAACGGUGAAAUAUUAGAAGGGAGAAAAAUUUAUAUUGGGUGCCUUUGAAAGAAAAUGAAAAUUGUAUUUAUCAUCGUUAUUAAAUGAGUGUUGAAAAUUAUGUCACAUAUUCUAAUCAACGUUGAAAAGAGAUUAGAAUAAUUUGACUCAUCUUCCUUCUAGUAUUGAAAAUAUUGGAAAAUUAAUUCACCGAAUAAUUGAAAUUUUGAUUGAGGGACAAAAUUUAAGAGUUCAAAUUUUAAAUUUGAGAACAAAAAAAAAUAUCUGCAGCGUGAAAACUGAGAUAUUUCUCAUAUUUAAAAGAUGAUAAUAACUUUGUGUUUCAAUUCAAAGAAAAGUAUGAAACUUUACAAGUUAGACAAGAUUAAAAGCUUCCUCGUAUAUAUUAAAUUUAUUAUCUGGAUGAAGAGAAUACAUAUAUAUUGUAAUGUAACAUUUUUUUUUUUAAAUUUUUAUUUUAUGGUCAUACUGAACAUUUAAUAGCUUUCUAUACCAAAAAUUAAAACUUGUCAAAUAAACAAAAUCGUUAUUCAUUAGUGAUAUUUUCAAUAGAGAAUCGAUGGAAUGUUUAU